AUGAGCAUUGUGUUGCAGAUGGAUUUAAACAUAAAAGGAAAAAGGAUGUUAACUUGUUAUAUAUUAAGUGUUUAAUAGAGUAAUAAUUAAAUUAAAAAAUAACUUUAAUUGAUGACACUAAGAGACUUAUAAAUCAAAUUAAGAAGCAAAAGUUGGAAAAUUAAUCAAAAGAGAAUUGAGAAUCAUUUAACAAUAUUGUAUCAUAAUAAAAGAAUUUAAAUUCGAGUUAAUCCUUUAGAAUAUUUUUCAAAAUUAGAUAAAUUUAUAUUAAUAUUAAUGAAUAAGUUGUAACAGUGGGAUACUACAUUUGAUAAAAUAACUAGUUUUGUCCAAUAGAGAUUAUUUUACAUAUCAAAAGAUAUCGAAUAAUCAAAAUAUGAAGGGAAAACCAAUUACCUAGAAGAUUUAACAGAAUUAUCAGAACAUUAUUCUGAAGAUAUAGUUAAAGAUAGUAAGAAAUUAGAAGAUGAUAAUAAAAUUAUUGAGGAGAUAUAAAAAUAAUUUGAAACACUUUUUAGCAAUCUUUAAUAUUUAUAAUUGAAUUAAACUAUGAAAAAUGCAAAAUCUCAGAUAAAUGAGGGAACUCAAAGUCAAAUUGUGAUUUAACCGAUAAAAAAAAUAAUAUAUACCAUUUUUUCUUAUAGAAAACCCCAUGUUUAAAUAUAUUAUGUAAAACACAUAAAAACGAGAUAAUUAUGUUUGAAAUAGAAUCAAAUAAAGAAAUUAUAUAAAGAUUUAUGUGUAUUGAUUGUAUGA